CUAUUGUGUACCAACACUUGUCUGCUAGAAAUUUGUAUUUUCAUUUGUUAUUUGUUAUGGUUGUUUUAAUGGUGAAGUGAAUUGUAUUCUAGUGUUUCUUUUUGCCAUGAAACAAGUGAUUCCAAAACUUUCCAACAUAAUAGGGAGAUUUUGCUGACGUGGCCAUCAUAGAAGAGGAAAAAAAGAAUGAGCUGGCUUAAUACUGCUAGCAUUGCGAACCUUGCAAAAAGUGCGUUGAAAGAAGCUCAAAAAACCAUUGACAAAGCCCUAGAUAUAAGAGAUUCAGAUGCAUCCAACCACCAACAAUCAAACGAACCGAUUGAUAAUGAAAUUCUUGGACACUUUCUUGAAUCCUUUAACCUGGUGAAAGAGGGAAAUGAUCCACCUGAUGAAACCAUAAUAGUGACGGAAAAUGUUGUUGUUGCUGAACCCAACUCAAGCACUGAAGCUGAAACAAAUAAACAAUUAAUUUUUCAUGCUGUGGAGUCCAGUGUACUUCAACCAACACUUUCUCCAAAUUCCUUAACUGCAACCAAAGAUUUUGGUGAUAUUGGUGGAUCAUCCACUUUGGCUGAGGACUUCGGGAAGCAAAAUUCCAACUUGCCUGAUCACGUGCUAGCGACCGAUAGUUUAGAAGAUUGGAACGUAACGGAAAGCUACCAUAGCUCUACCGUGUCAGUGUCAAGUUCUGUUACUGUCAUCAGCCCCGAAAAUGAUUCUAUCGACAUGGAUUGGCGGAGUGAUACCAAAAGCGAUGCAAGAGAAGAAAUUUCUAAUCACCACGUUAUAGAAACCAGACCAGUGUCAGCAGUGCUAUCAGAAGCGAUGAAAGAUUCGAUGAAAACAGAAACUUCGGCAUCCGUCUCGGGAGACGAAAUUGAAACAACUGCUUCAUCAGACAUUGAAAUCGUGGCAAGUCCCCAAGCGGGCAUAAGGCAAAUCCUGCCGCCAAUGCGUUCGAGAAGCAACGAGUCAAAAACUCAUAGUCGGAAGCCGUCCGCAGGUUCUAGUGAUGAUAGCGUGACUUCCGUGGGGCAAGAUUUGGAACCCCACAAUGAAAAAUGCAAUCUUAUUCAUUUAAAUCAGAUAAUCGAGGCUAGAGAUAAUCAACUGCAGGAGUUUCAAAGGAAAUUUUAUGCGUUGUCAGAUGAAGUUGAACGGACCAAAUCGCAAUUGGCUAACGGUGAAAAAGAACGAAUUACACUAAAUGAAACCAUUCGCCGACAAACAGACGAGUUCGCUAUACGGUUGUCUUCAAUUGAAAAACGUUAUCAACAAGUGCUAGCUGAACGAGAAUCACUAGUCAAGAAACUCGAAAAAGUUCAAAUAAAUCAUGAGACAUACACCAACUUAACAGACGAUCUAAACGAAAAGAACGAAACAAUUCAGCAAUUAAGGCUUGAAGGCGAAAAGUUAUCUAAACAACAUCUCCAGCAAUCGAAUAUUAUUAAGAAAUUGCGAGCCCAAGAAAAGGAAGACGAAAUUCGUUGCAAGCAGUUAAAAGAUCAAAAUGAAGAUUUAAAAAAUGAAGUUGAACGUCUGAAUAGAAAUUUGUCAGCCAAGGAAGAACUUGAGAAGAACCAAAUAGAAGCUGUUAGACAAUCUACAAUUGUUCACAGUCAAUUGGAAAAGGAGCUUCUUGCUAACAAAGUAAUGAUGCGCGAAAAGCUGGCGGAAGUUGAUUCUCUGAAAGCUGCCUUGGCUGAGGUCGAACAAAAACUGAUCGAAGAAAGAGCCGUGGCUGCUAUACAAAAUUCUGCUGAAACUGAGCGCAGUCUUAGCGCUGAAGUAGCCCUUCGUCAAAGUCUGCAGCUAGAAUAUGAAACUUCUAGUCGCAUGUUUGAGGAAGAAAAACAAGCGCUCACCAUGCGUUGCCAAGAACUCGUUCACUCCCUUGCUGAGGUCGAUUGCGAUCGAUCAAGAGAACGGGAGCGGAUACAGGCCGAGGUUUCACGGUUAAUGCACAGACUACAAGAAGCUGAAUCACGUAGCGAUGAACUGUCUCAGGCCUUAACAACUGCAACGAGGCCUUUACUGCGACAAAUUGAUUCUCUGCAACAUGCUUUAUCUUCCCAACGCUUGGCAGAGGAGAAAUCGGAAAAAAUAUUUCAGGAGAAACUUGCUCUUCUAGAAAGCCAACUUCUUUCAGCUAGUCAGAAGGGAACUGCUGAUAAUGAGACAUAUAUCGCGAUGCAAGAUCAGAUAAACGAUUUGGCAGAAAAGUGCAAAGGCGCCAAAGAAGAGAACCAAAAAUUAUUACUUGAACUGCAAUACGAGAAAAACCAUUGUCUCAGUCUGGAGCAGGCAAGAAAAAAAGAUAAUGUCAGUAUGGAGGUGAUGAAGAAUCAGCUUGUCGAAGAACUUACAUUAUUACGAAACAAGAUAGCAGUUUUAGAAAACGAUUAUGAAAAGCAGACCAUAGCUUUAGAGGAAGAAAGGAAGAAAACAUCACAUCUUCUGAUUCGAUUGCAGGAAAAAGAAUUGGAAUACCGAGUUUUCCCGGCAGAUUUGCAGAAUCCUGGUAGUAUUGGCAGAAAAUUAACUUCAACGACAGACGUGGUAUCUCGAAGCAGUAGUCCCACUCCAAGUUUAGGGAAGCUGUCGUUAUCUGGUUCGUUUACUGAAUCGCAUUCCAGUAAUCCGUGGAACCCUGCGGACGAGUUAUUUGACGGCGGAGUGGUCACUCCUGUGCCAAAAUCAACAUUGUAUGAUACUAUGCGAGCGGGCUCUUACACUGCGGUGUUUGAAAGUUUGCAAGCGCAGUUGAAAACACGUGACGGGGAAGUAACUCAAUUGCAGCAAGAGCUACAAAGCCAAGAGAAAUCUCGAGAUUCGCUUGCAAAAGAACUAACGGAAAUGAUCAACUCGAACCAGGAGCUAGGUCGCCGUCUGAGCCUAUUGGAAACGCUUCAUCAAGAGUACGAAGACCUGAAAACAAAAUACAAUGCCUUAUUACAGAUGUAUGGAGAAAAAAUUGAAGAAAACGAAGAACUGCGGUUAGAUUUGGUUGAUGUCAAGGAGAUGUACAAAGCCCAAAUUGAUCACCUAAUGAAAACGUGAAGCCCUCGUUCUCGUAACUCUCCUGAUAACGUCUUAUUCGGUUACCUUCUGUUCGUAAGUGAUGAUUGCCAUUGCAUUCCAGCUAUAUUGCAGAAUAAAAUUGCUAACGUAACAAUGUGAAUCGAAAGGACGUUUCGCAUUGAAAAAUAAAUAAUUAUUUUAAGGGUUCAAAUUGUAAUUUUUUGUGUAGUAUAAUUUGUUUUGAAAUUUCCCCUUUAUCCCUUCCAGUUACAGAAGCAUUUUUUUUUUUUUACAUAAAAUCGAUUUAAAACACCUGGAGAUAAAGUUUUUCCAAUGAAAAUUUUAAUUCUAGAAAACCAUGGAAAAAUGGCAAUUGAUAAAUGUUGGGAAGUGUACAUCAUUAAAAAAUAUACAAUAUAAAACUUGAAA